ACAACUCAUUCAUACAUUAUUAUUCAUUCAUCUUCUUCCUCACAUUAGCUCAAAUCUCUCCAUUUUAUUAUAGUUUGGAUACCCCUAUAAUCCAUCAAUGGUGCUUUCAUUGAGAGAUUAGAGCAAAAUCAAGUGAGAAAUCUUCCCAAAACAUACAAAAAAUUCAUUCCAAUCACAAAAAAUCAACCAAAAAGUGCUCUAAAAAAGGGAGAGCAAAAAAAAAAAGAAAAACCAUCGCAACUCCCGGCAACACCGCAUCGAACUCUUCUCCGGGAGCGUGUAGCUCACUCACUGCUGUGGCGGCCAGUAUCAGGGAUAUCAACGCUUUAAAAUCUAGGCGUCUACUGGAAUUUGCGUCUAAGUUUCAGCUCACAUUCCUCAUUUUUGCUUCUUUUCUUCUGUACUUCUUUCCAGUGGCGUACUAAUACUGGCUCGGUCGAAAAAAUGGAGGCGAGGAGAAAUGACAGUCCGGUGUAUACGCGCCAUUGGAGAACCGAAUCUGAAGUGCUAAAUCCUCCGGGAGCUGAAGCAUCUGCCGCGCGUCCACACCAUGUUCGCUCUUCCUCCGUCUCCGGAAUGUCCAGCAUUAAGCGCACUCAGAAUGUCGCAGCCAAAGCCGCUGCUCAACGGCUUGCUCGAGUGUUGGCCUCCCAAGCUGCCACCGGCAAUGACGAUGAUGAGCAAGAAGACAGUGAUGAUCUCGGCUUCCGAUUCGCUCCUCAACCUCUAUCCAGAACUGCCUCCAGUCCCCCAAGCUGCCACCAGCAAUGACGAUGAUGAGCAAGAAGACCGUGCUACUUGGAUCUCAGCCGCAGAAGGUGUCCCACUUGACACAUGUAAAGGGGGAAAGUUUUUGCAGCAGAUUAUUGGUGGGCUAGGUCAAAAUUGGUCAAAAGGGGUGGUGGCCCUCCUCAAAUUGGUCAAUAGGAUCCAAUUUCUACAUGAAUCUGUUAUUUCAGCCCAUUAUUCUGGCCCAAAUAAGAGCUAAGUGCCCAAUACUCCUAUUUAUACACUUAAAAUGUUUAUUAAAUGAUAGUAGCAUAAUUAUUACUAUUAUUAAUUAUAUUAUUUCCACCACCAUUAUGGCGAGUUAAAAACCCCUGAGGUGGUGAAGACCAUUAGGACGGAUUAAAAUUUCCCGAG